UCUGCUCCAUAGCACCAAACACUUUGUUUCUCUCCAUUGCUUCUAAUUCUUUUCCUCUUUUUCAUUCUCUCUCUCUCUCUCUCUCUCUCUAAUCUGUUCCUGGAAGUCCAUCAAUGGCGGGUCGAGGCAAGGCUAUAGGAUCCGGGGCCGCGAAAAAGGCCACUUCUCGGUCGAGCAAGGCAGGUCUGCAAUUCCCGGUCGGUCGUAUCGCCCGGUUCUUGAAGGCAGGAAAGUACGCCGAGCGAGUCGGUGCUGGAGCUCCGGUCUACCUCGCCGCGGUCCUUGAAUACCUUGCUGCUGAGGUUCUGGAAUUGGCUGGUAAUGCAGCAAGAGACAACAAGAAGACUCGAAUUGUGCCACGCCACAUUCAGCUUGCUGUGCGUAAUGAUGAGGAGCUCAGCAAGCUUCUUGGUGAUGUUACAAUUGCUAAUGGUGGUGUCAUGCCCAACAUUCACAACCUUCUGCUCCCAAAGAAGGCCGGGACCUCAUCCAAGAACGUAGGCGGUGAUGAUGACUCUUAAAUUUGAAGAGAAAUGCCAAUGGGGGGGUCAAUGUGCUUGAUUCAGAUUUAGUUUCCUCUAGUAGGUUCAAGUAGAUUAUUGAGUCUCUGUUUCUGGAAUUGUAGUUGGGGUAGAGUUAGGGUUGUAGGUAUUAGUGUUUGUGAAUAUAAUCAUCUUCUACUAGCUUCUUAAUAGAAGAGAUUGUGGGAACUUCUUUUGCUUCCUAUUUUAUAUUUUUGGGCCUUUAUUUUUUGAACGUGUUCUUUGUGGGUUUAAAUACUUAAUGACAGUGCUUCAAUAUUUGAGCAUCAUAUGAUUCUUCUGCUA